GUCAACUUCAAUGUCAACCUGUGACAAUUAUGAUGAUCAACAAACAGCUAGUGAAUCUCUCAUCACCAGAAGUAAUGUUUGUAGUAAGAAUUGUGUGAUCAAUGGUCUUUCUUCUUGUGAUGGUCAAAGCACAAACACUGAGGAACCUCGGGAAUCUAUUGUAAUACCGGACACUCAGAUGGUAGAGACAACACUUGUGAACAGAGAUGAUACUGUGACAGUUGUGAAAGAAAGUGACAAUAAUGACGAUGAUGACAGCAUUGGCGUACAUGUUCCUCCUGUAUCACUGACGUCCAGAGAAACAGAUACACAACGAGACACAUCAGAUGCUCACUUCUCCACAAGAGAAGGAACACUUGCUGUUUUCUGUACAGUCGCACCUUCCAAUUCUGCCCAUGUAUCUGCCGAGAAAACAAAUUCUAUAAUUGCCAACAACAGUGAGGUCAACUUGCCUCGAAGUGAAACCACUGAUAUAAAUGAUGAAACUGCGCAAGCAAGCAGCACUCGUUUGAUAUCAACUCCAUUGUCACCGAACACUCAAUUUACUGUUUCACAAUGUGAACACACCGGCUUGAUUGACUCUCAAGAAUUGGAUGUACAGGAAGUCAAGCGGCAGCUUGAUAGACGAAGUAAGGAAUUAGCCGAGGUGAACGUAUUGCUGAGUGAAGAACUGACUCAUUGCAACAAAGAAGAGAACGGAUGCUUAUCACAGCUGUUGCAUGAAACGAACGAGGACCCUCCUUCUUCACCUUCACCAUCUCCUACUCCUCCACCAGGUCCUCCUCUAAUGCCAGUCUCCGUCAUUCUGUCCACCAUUGAUAAACAUAAACAGAGAAGGCUAUCACACGAGCAACUCCAUAGCUCUUGGCCUGGAAGCAGCGAGACAAAAGCCAGUCAAAAGAGAGACGUAGUAGUCGAACAAUCACAAAGUAUUUUUGCUGGAUUGAAAAGUAGGAGAUCGGUUUCGUUAGAACCUCCUGCUAAGAAAGCGAACACAGACAUGGUUGGGUUUAAUGACUGCACUUUUGGAGCUAACGUCAUGAUUCCUUCUGUGAGUCUGGAAAAUCAGUGUGAAGAGAGAAUAGAGAUCAGUGGAAAGACAACAGAGAGAAGUGCUCAUACAAACAGCAGAAUAAUGUCGUUCAUCACAAGUGGUUUGACUAAGACGCAAAUGGCACGAACUAAACAGCUAGCAAUGAAGUAUGGAGGUCGACUGGCUAGUUGCUUCAACAGAAAUACGACUCACGUGAUCUGCAAAACAGACGAGAACAGAAUAGCCUCUAGGACUAUGAAGUUUUUAUUGGGAGUUGCAGCUGGCAAGUGGGUUGUUGAUUACUGCUGGGUGCAGGACUGUCUGAAUGGCAGCAGUUUGUUGCCAGAGAAUGAUUAUGAAGUGGCUGGCGACACAGGAAGCAGACACCGAGGUGGACCACAAGCAGCCAGACUGAGAGCAGAGAGCAACAGUCCACGUCUUCUCUCUGGUCAAACUGUUGCCUUACUAGGAGAUUUUAUGACCAUCCAUAAAGAUCAAUUACGUCAGUUGCUUGAAGUGGCAGGAGCUAGAAGCGUGUCAGACAAGGAAGCAUUCGAUUACAAUGAGACUGAAAGAAGAAACGUAAUUGUUGUGUGUGACCCGGAAUGCAGCGAAGUGAAAGAUCAUUGGAUGGGUUUACAAGGUACUGUCACUCUCUACUGGGUUACUGACAGUUUAGCAGCAAACACGAUACUACCUUUAUGUCAGUAUUCGGUUGGUAUGGAGACGUGUAGCUACACAAAUUCCGACAUUAUGCCCUCGCCCAGUCUAAUUCCGGGCUCUUUAUGAGAUAUUUAUAAUCGAAGGAUCAGUAAUGACAACAUCUAUUUC